GUCCAGGAUACCUUCAUGACAUAUACGGUUUACGACGAUAUCCUAACCCUCAGCCUGGUGCAUGAGGCCUGUUUACUGCUGGAUGUCUCUGCUGAUGUAUUUCUUAAGCUCUUUGGAGAACAUUUCUUUCUCUUCUGUAAGCAAGCGGGCUAUGACACCAUGCUGAGGACACUGGGGGGAAAUCUCAUUGAAUUCAUUGGAAAUCUGGAUUCUCUCCACAGUUACCUUGCUCUGUCCUAUCAGGAAAUGAAUGCACCAUCUUUCCGAGUAGAGAUGACCGAUGAUGGGAAGAUGCUACUUCACUACUAUUCUGAUAGGAAGGGCCUUUACCAUAUUGUACCAGGUAUCAUGGAGGCGGUGGCCAGAGAGUUUUUUGAUAGCAAAGUGACCAUGGUGGUUCUUAAUCAAUCAGAGGAAGAUGAGCGCACAGGGAAGAAGGAGCACGUUGUGUUUCUGGUAAAACAGACCAAACAAGGAAGCGAGACAAGAGACCAGGACCAUUCCAGUCAUAAAAGGGUGGGUGAGACAUUAUUAAGAAAAAUGAGGGAGCAGUGUGUGUCACCAGCUGGGAAAAAGCAUGGCUGGGACCUGAUCAGAGCUGUGGUUCUCUCAGAAAAAGGCAGCCUCCAUUGCACCUUCAGUCCGUCUUACCCGAACAAGCUGUGGGUGGAAGAGAAAACUUUCUGCAAUGCUUUUCCCUUCCAUAUUGUCUUUGAUGAGGAUCUGAAGGUAAGACAGACAGGGGUGAACAUACAAAAGUUUCUUCCAGGUCUCCAGGCCAGAGAUGCUAUGUUGGACCAAUGGUUCACCAUUAUACAUCCACAGGUGACCUUUACUAUAGAGAGCAUCAGGAAAUUCAUCAACAGUCAAUUUGUCCUGAAGAGCUACAAAGACAAUCACACCACGCUCAAGCUAAGAGGUCAGAUGUUGUGGAUGGAGUCUCUUGGCUGUAUGUUAUACAUGUGUUCGCCAAAGCUACGAAGCCUUCAGGAGCUUCAAGAUGUCGGCCUUCACCUGGCUGACCUGGCCCAGCACGAUGUCACCAGAGACCUGGUUCUUCUCAACCAGCAACGUCUAGCUGAGAUGGAGCUCACCAACCAGUUAGAAAGGAAAAAAGAGGAACUGAGAAUUCUGUCGCGGCACCUAGAGGCUGAAAAACAGAAGACAGAGACUCUGCUGUAUGCCAUGCUGCCACGCCACAUAGCCGAUCAGCUUAAAGAUGGGAAGAGCGUAAAGGCAGGGGAGUUCGAGGUGUGCACUAUUUUGUUCAGUGAUGUUGUAACCUUCACAAGCAUCUGCGCUGCCUGUGAGCCCAUCCAUAUUGUUGACAUGCUUAACUCCAUGUACUCCAAGUUCGACCGACUCACCAACAUACACGGCAUCUACAAGGUUGAGACUAUUGGUGACGCAUACAUGGUGGUAGGUGGCGUUCCAAUCCCUACAGAAACCCAUGCCCACAGAGUGGCAAACUUUGCUUUGGGUAUGAGGAUAGCUGCCAGAGAGGUCACCAACCCAGUAACCGGCAAACCCAUACAGAUCCGUGUGGGUCUCCAUACUGGUCCAGUGUUAGCUGGGGUGGUGGGGGAGAAGAUGCCUCGCUACUGCCUGUUUGGAGACUCUGUUAACACUGCCUCCAGGAUGGAGAGUCAUGGAGUCCCUGACCACAUUCACCUCAGCACUUCCACAUAUAGGUAUUUGAAGGAUGCUGGCUUCAACAUACAAGAGCGUGGGCAGAUUGAGGUGAAGGGUAAAGGCCAGAUGACCACUUACUUCCUGCUGGGGAACCCGUUGGUGUCAGAAGAUAGCAUCAUGGGAAAAGAGGUUGGAGGGCCAUGUCUUUACAGGGAUGACCUUCAUAGCCAGAGCAAAAAAGAGUCUGACAAAGUGCCCGAUGUGAAAACGGUGCGAGGGGACACACCAUCAGAUGGAGUCUUUGCCCCGGACCCCACCCGAUUGGCCUCCAUCACUCCCUUUGCCUGGGACAUCACUCCACCAUAUGAGACCGACGAGAACAGCUCCGAGAUAUCUGCAAGCAAUUUCAACAGCCGACUCUGUGUCUUAUUCUGACUAAGAACCCCCUGAGCCUCUUAUAGCUCACUGAAGUUUAACUGAUCAGGGUUCUGCCAGCUUAGAGAUGGUUGAGCUCAACACAGAGAAAAAUAUGCAACUUUAUUAUAGCUCCAAUAGCACAACAAGGGAAGAGGACAAGACAACAGUGAGGACACUGUUAUGACAGGUCUUUCAGUGAAUGUAGUUAGCGCCAAUAGGGUCAGUACUGACAUAUGAUGGUUCAUUUAAUUAGAUUACUUACAUUAGUAACAGGGGCAACUCAACUCCAGACCACACUGACACUAUGUUACAAAGUUAGAGUCGCAGUUUAGUGAGCAUACAUGUACCACUUAAUACCACGAAGUAGCUUUGUUUAAAUGUAGUAUAAUAAUUUGAUAUGUUUUGCACAAGUCCAGUCUUUAAAACCUUUAAUGACCCUGCAGCUGCAAAGCUCAGCGUAGAAGGUAACCACAGUUAUCUCUAAAUCAGUUCCUGACUCAAACUCGGCCAUUACUAACAUGCUUUUGUUUUACAAAGUUAAAAAAACUAAAUGAAUAAAAUAGGUGAUACCAAUUAAAAUCCUGAAAAGGAUGUAUAUAGUCAUCCCAUGAUACUAGCAGUGUAACCAAAUUCUGUUGAUUCUGAAGUUCUUUUCAAGUUAUCAAAACGUAGUAAGAGAAUGAAUAUUUUACGUUAGUAUCUAACCUAGUCUUGUAUUACACUGUUCAGGCGUAGCCCUUCAAAAGGUUACCCAUACUGUCAUGUCUAGGUCCUGCGCUCAAGUUUUCUAUCCUUUUAUUAGUUCUGUUUUUCAUAACACUUCCUGUUUUAUUUUGAUACUCACCGUCUCAUCUCGUUUCAGGUCUAUUUACUUCCUGGUCUUUGUCUACCUUUCCCCGCCCCAGUGUGUUUCACCUGUGUCUUGUUAUCUCCCCCGUCUUUGUGUAUUUAAGUCCACCUAUUUCCUUGCUCUGUGCAAAAUCGUCUCAUUCCCCUGUGGCAGCGUUUGAGCAUUUUUCCCUGUAUUCCUAGUUUACUUGCAUUACCGUGUUUUGACCUUCGCCUGCUUUUGGAUCACCUCUUUGCCUUGUGUUCUGGAUACCGUCGUCUGUGAGAUUUGCUUGUUGCAAAUAAACCUGUUUGGAUUGAA